AUGAUGAUGCCUGACUCUGAGACAUCGAUGUAUGAAACUCUAGAUUUAUUUUUUCCUGUGUGUGAAGGAAUUAUAAAUAAAACCAUUGAUGACAAUAUAACCCAACGUUGGAAGAGUGAUUGUCAGAAAAUUAAUGGAGAUCUUAUAAACCAUAUUAAUUUGAAUGUUAAAAGUAAAUUAUUCCCUAAGGCCAUGGAAUUCUUACAUGAUAUGUAUAAAAAUCCUGAUAAUCCAUUAAAAGAGGCUACUUUAUCUUACUUGUAUUAUUGGCUACAUAAGCAGAAUACAAUGGAGAGGGAAAAAAGUUAUGAUAACACCAAAAUUUUUAAGGAAUUCCUCAAGAUUUCAUGUGAUUCCAAUUAUGAUUCCGAUUUACAUAAGCCAUUAAAAAAUAUUAGAAAUAAAUUUUAUACACUAGAAUUACAUGGAAAUUGUGAAACUACAUUACCUGAAGUGUUAUCCCCUUUAGAAAUACAAAAACAAAUUUUACCUUCUUCCCCAAUACAUAAUGUAACAGAUCCUAUUUUAAUUUCUAUCAUUCUAACAUUAUUAAUACCCGUUUUUUUUAUCUAUCUGUAUAAGGUUAAUUAG